CUUCGACAACAACGCCAAAAUUUUCGCGGGCUUUUUAUUGUCAGUGUCAAAUACAUGUUUUUAUUUUGUUGAACUAUUUUUCUGUGCUUUUUCUAAUUUUGUUGUAGUGUUAAUUAAAACAGGAGGUUCGAAGACUGCAAAAAUGUCUAUGAAGCACGAACCUCUUCGAUAUGCACAUGACCAGGGCCAUACGGAUAUUUGUUUUUCAGAAAAUGGAAGUAAAUUCGUUACUUGUGGUGCUGAUGGAGAUAUUAGAAUAUGGUCAAUCGAUGAAAGCGAAGAUCCUGUAAAUAAUUGCGUUGGCGAAUGGUCAUUAUCAAUAGCUCAGAAAGGAGACAAAAUUUAUGUUUCCACAGAUAGCAAUGAUGUCCGAAUACUUUCUUUGGAGGAUGGCGAAAGAGCUGGAGUUCUUGAUAGAUCAACAGCUCCAAUUAACCAUAUUGCAAUUGAUAAGAGUAGCCAGUUGAUUGCUUUAGCCAGUGAAGCUAAAUUAAUUAAAUUGGUUGACUUGGACAAUUCAGAAAAAGAAGUAAAUUCGUUUGAAGGACUUAUGGGGCCAUGUUUAAGUGUAUCAUUAUCUUCAAAGUCAAAACUGCUUGCCGCUUCAUCUGGUGAUACCAAACUGAGAGUUUGGGAUUAUGAAAGUAAAGUUAUGUUACAUGAAGAUGUUUGUUUUCCCAAAGUUAACAGUUUUUCAAAUGCAAAAGUGCUUUGUCGAAUGGACUUUGAACCAACUGAAGGAAAACACUUGGCAUAUCCAGAAAAAGACACUGUUGUUAUUCUCCAGGUGUCAGAUUGGUCUAAUAAAAAUAUUUUAAAGUGCAGUCAAGUUGAUUCUCAAUAUUCUAUUGUGCAGUACUCCCCUUGUGGCAAAUAUAUUUUAGCUGCUUCAGAAAAAGGGGAUUUUGUCAUAUGGAAUACCUCUAAUGGUGAAGUAUCAAAUGUUAGCAAACAUGAAGCUUCUCUGUCUAUUUGUGGACUGAUGUGGAAUCCUUUAGGAAAUGGACAAAUUGUCUAUACAGAUGUCGAGGGCCAACUAGGAACCAUGGAAUGGUCCGUUAAAAGUACAACAACAAAAACAUCUGAUGCUGUCAUUAACACCAAGAAAGUUACUACUGGUGAUGAAAAUGGUGUUCUUUUUAAUGAUGAACCAUUUGAUGACGAUGAUGAAGAUAAUGAAAACGCUUUUUCUGUUAGUAAACUUAAAGAACAGUAUUUGGGCGACUUAGAUUUAGAAAGCAAAGAUUCUGUAGCUGGAUCUUCCCGUGCAAACACGCCACGACCACGUACUCCCGAAAUUCCCCUUCAACCACCUUUCAUGUCCUCUUCUACCCCAGAACACUUGGAUCCUCGAUACAUGUGCUGGAAUGAGGUCGGCGUCAUUAGGUGUUAUGGCAACAAUGCAGAUGAAGGUGCUACGAAAUCAAUUGAAGUAGAAUUUCACGAUUCCACCUUCCACAACAGCAUGAUGAUGCAAAAUUAUCAAGAAUAUACGAUGGGGACUCUCAGCAGGGCGGUUUUACUUGUAGCCAAUUCUAGUCAAAUUCACGUUGUGCCUCUGGUAGCCAGCUCCAAGGAGUGGAUGCUAAAAAUGGAAGACAUGGAGGAAAUAGUUUUAGUAACGGCAUCGGAAAAUCUUGUAUGUUUCGCUAUGUCAAAUUACAUAAUCAGAGUAGCUUCAGUUUACGGUACUCAGAGGGCCGUGAUUUCCAUACCUGGACCCGUAGUGUCGAUGUCGGCUUUCAAAAAUCUGCUCAUGGUGGCUUUCCACACUUCCAGUGUUCGCAAGGGCGAUCAGUGUGUCAAUAUUCGAUUGAUCAAGUUUGAAGGUACAUCGAUAGAAUGUAAAGACAUAAGUUCUGCAAUGGGGCCCGAAUCUACGUUACAAUGGAUGGGAUUUUCUGAUGUCGGUACGCCAUCGAUGAUGGAUUCAUUGGGAAUGCUGUCGAUGUAUCCCCACAAUACCAAUACUUGGAUUCCAUUUUGUGAUACUACAAAGCAUAGAAAGAGUCCAGGAGACGGAUUCUUUGUAACAACAAUAUUUGAAUCGAACCAAACAGUUGGAGGCAUCUUUUGUAAGGGUACAGUAUACCCGGGUUUUACACCUCGUCCUACAAUGUGCGAAGUACCAAUAGAACCACCGUUUUCUGAAAGUUUGAAUGACAAAACAAAAAUGGAAAUGAAUUUAUUCACGUGGUCCAUGCUGCAAAUUCCUGAUAUCGAUAAGAAAUUCAAAGAGAAUGCCAUCAAAACAUUUGCGUUAGCCUGCAAGAAUAAUUUAGACGAAAGAGCACUGGAACUUAUGGAAAUCCUAUUGAAUCCACAAAUAAUAACUCUAGCUCUUAAAUACGCUACUAAAUUAGACAAAAGAAGACUAGCAGAAAAAUUGACGGAGUUAUUAUCGAAAGUUUCCGAAGAAACUGAAGACGCUGCAGAAAAAGAAGCUGAAAAAUCUGUCAUUUUACCUGCUAAGCCUGCCUACAGGAAGUUGAGUUUGAAUAUGUCGAAAAGAACACCUAAAAAUAAACCAGAAAGACAUAUAGAUGUUGCUGCUACUCCAGAUAUGUUUGAAGCAACACAGCGUACUGAAAUUUCAACCCCCCAAGCUGAAAUUACAAAUUCUACAUUUAAUGGGUCAGUUACAGAUUCAAUGAUAGAGGAAAUGGAAACUAAGGAGCAACACGCCAAUCCAUUUCUAAAGAAGUUAAAAAACCAAAAUGUCGCCAAAAAUUCCAAUCCGCUUAGUUUGACAGACAAAUUUGCCGGCGUUACAUAUGGAAAUGAUUUAAAAGAAAAUAAGGACAAAAACACAGAGAACUAUCGUAAUCUGGAGAAGACAGGGAAGAAAGCAAAGCUGGCAGAUCGUUUUAAAGAAGCAAUAGAAAGUGAAGGCUUGGAUCCGGAAACGUAUUUAUUUUCGGAUGAUGCAACUUCUGCUAUAAUUUCUCCUGAUUUGGAAACCGAAAUGUCUUUUGAUAUGACUUCUUUAAAAACCGAAAUUUAUCCGAUUUAGAAACUGAAAAAUGUCUUCUGAAGAAAAUAACAUUUCUUAUGAUGGUUCAUCUAUAAAAAACGAUAUUUCCUCCUUAGAUACUAAAGUUUCUUCCGACAUUUCCCUCUUAGGAAAUAAAGUUUCUUCUUAGAUAAUAAAGUUUCUUCUGAUAUUUCUUCAUUAGAAAAUAAAGUUUCUUCCUUAGAAACUAAAGCUAAAGACAUUUCUUCCUUAGAAGAAAAGGUGACUUCUGAAAUGUCUUCUAUAAAAUUUUUUGCUGAUGUGGAAAAUAAGAUUUGUUCCGUUGAGGAGAAAAUAAAAGAGAUGGACAAGAAUAUAGAAAAAAUGGAACGUACAGGACAGGCCAAGGAGGGUGAAAUAAAGUGCCAUGAGGUGGUGUCAAACUUGAACUCUGCUCGUGUUAAAGUCCCAACUUUCGGGUUGGCGAAUUUUUUUUUCGAAACACGUUUGUCUGAAAACCAUUAGUUCGAAAAUACGUUUGUUCG